AUUUUCUAAGUACAAUAUUGGUCAUUAGAGCAGGACAAAAUGUGUUGUUGUCUGCAGGUGGCGGUGUCUGGCAUCCCUCGCGUCCCUGGCUGGGUCACGUGACCGCCGCGGCGCGCCGCCAUUGGCUGUCCGCCGCCAGCAUGACCCAUGCCUGCCCCUGCCGCUGCCUGACCCGCCACAAAACUCAUCAACAUUUUAUCACACUGAUGACAAUAAUACGUCGCCACCCCGCCGGGGCCGCGCCCCGGGCCGGCACGCCCCCAGGGAGGGCCCCCCGUGGUCGCCGCCGCCGCCGCCGCGUCGUCAAAAUGGCGGGACCGUCGCCGCCGCGCCGCUCCGCCGUGUGACCCGCGGCAGGAGGUUCCUGUGCCCCCGCCCGCCCGCCCGCAGGUGACGGCUGACGCGAGGGCGGCGCUAUGUCCGGCCAGUUCAGCCAGGAGGUGCUGCGGGCCUGCGUGGGCCACGUGUGCCAGGCCAUCGGCUACCAGGGCAUCUACGCCACGCCGCUGGGGGUGCUGACGGACCUGCUGCACCGCUACCUCGCCGAGCUAUGCCGCCUCACGCACCGGUACACCGAGCACUUUGGCCGCACCGAGCCCACCUUGGACGACCUCGGACUGGCGUUCAUGGACAUGGGGAUCUCGGUGUCGGAACUGGAGGAGUAUAUCAACAAUGUGGACUGCCCCCCCUUCCCACACCCCAUGCCGCAGCUCCCUGUGCCCCGCCCCUCCAACCUCAACUUCCUCAAGCCCGGGUCAAGGGAGAUCCUGUCCCGGCCCAUCCACAUCCACGAGCAUCUGCCCCCCAUGUACCCCGAGAAGGAGGGUGAGUGGGGGGGGAGCCUCACUUUUGUACCCUUUGAGGAGGAGGUGGACGUGAAGGUCGGAGGGGGGAUGGAUGAUGCAGUGGGUGAGGGCAUCUCCCCCUCCGUCUCCCCACAGCCGGCAGUCAAGAGGCCGGCGGAUUCAGAUGUGUCACCCGCCAAGAAGCCAAAGUUCUCACUGGACGACGAGGGCCAGCCGGUGCGGGAGAUAGUGAGUGUCAUGAUGACCACCUCAGGGUUCAUAUCGUCGGCGCGGGAGGGCAAGCUUCCCGAGGCUCGCUGCCCCGACAUUCCCCUCGCCCUACCACGCUGCUCCUCACCCUCCACUGUCGGCAAGAAGAAAAUGACGGUGGAGAAGCUCAUCCGCCAGAAGAACAAUCUAGGGGGGGGUGGGGGACCGAGGGCAGGGCCAGUGCGACCGCCCCGCCCCAAGAUCAAGACAGGCGGCAAAGACAGGAUGAAUGGGAAAGGUCUGAAGCUCCCCAAGUUCCAGUCCCGCCCACUCUCUCUCCCCAAGGGUUGCCCGCCUGGCUCCUCCCCACUGCCCCCCAAGCUCAAAAUGCCCCUGCUCAAGCCCCCCACUCCAAAACCCCCCAAGGUGUCUUCCCCAAAAGGACCCAUUCUCCCCAAGGCUGCCAGCACCCCCAAGGCCUCCCCCGCCAAGCCUGGACAGUCACCUGGCUCCUCCACCCCCAAGUCGUCUACCCCCAAAAUCAAAGUUCCCAAGCCGCCGCGGCCGCCCAAAGGUGAGGGCAAGAAGAGUGGGACCGGACAGCCCAAGGGUGAGAAGGGGGACAAGGACAAGGAUAAAGACAAGGACAAGGAUAAAGACAAGGACAAGGACAAGGAGAAGGAGAAGGACAAGGACAAGGAAGGGGAGGCAGGAAACACAAGCAAGAAGGUGAAGAAGGAGAAGGACGGAAGCAAGAAAGAAGGUAAGAAGGAAGGAAGCAAGAAGGAGGGCAAGAAGGAAGGGAAGAAGGAUGUACGAAAGGACAAGGAGGGGAGGAAGGAGGGAAGCAAGAAGGAGACCAAGAAGGAAAAGGAGAUGAAGAAGGAGAGGGAGAGGGAGAGGGAGCUGAUCAUUGCCCUACAGUCAUCCUCGGCCGUCACCGUGACCUCCAUCCCUGCCCCAAGCAAGCCUCCGGAUGGCCCUCCCCCACCCGGCCCCGAGAAGGCUGAGGGCAAGUCCAAGCUGAGCAUCUUCAAGAAAAUCAACAAGUCCAAGGAUGCCAAAGAGGAACGCGAGGCCUCGGCCACCGCCUCUGGCCCCGCCUCCGCCCAGCCAUCCCGGGAUAGUUCCCCGGACCUCAUGAUUGAUGAGACCCCAGGCCGGGGCCAGCGCCGUCCCCCGGAGGAGCCGCCCAUGGAGGCACCUGCCUCCGUGCAUGUUGAGGUGACGCCAGAUGUGACUCCCAGGUCCCCGGGAGACUACACCCCCUACCAUGAAGACUUAUCUCCCCCCACCACCCCCUCCACGCCCCGCACCCCAGAAUUGCCCCCACACCUGCCGCCUCACCGCUCCAUUGAGAAGAGGCGGGCCCGGGACAAAGGGCGGGAGCGGCGGCCCCGGAAAGACCGGUCCAAGUCGCCGAAAGGUGGUCCGUUCAGCCCUGGUCCCCGUGAUGCAGGUGAACCUGAGCCACCUGAGCGCCCCAAGACCCCUGAGGGCGGUCUGCCCAUGGAGGACAUGGGGGGUGCCCCGGGUGCCCCCUUCCUCCCAGCCUUCCCCACAGCCCCAGGCUUCAUUCCUCCAUUCUCCAGGUUCCCAUUCCUGCCUCCCUUCGGUGGGCCGCCCCCCCGACCGGGGCUGGCACCCCCGAUCCCUGACCUGCGUCUGCCCCCCCACCACCACUUCCUGCCCCGACCGCCCCUCCAGAGGCCGCUGGAGGAGGACUCACUGUGUCCGGUGGAGGACAACGAGCCUUUGGAGCGGCCCCCCACCCCCCGCCACCCCCGGGAGGGCAGCCCCCUCAUGAUGCGGGGCCAUGGCUCACCCAUGCGUUCCCCAUCACCCUCCACGCCCCCCAGACCCCGAACUCCUGCCCACCAUUCUCCCCCGCCUCAGCCACUUCCCAGGCCUCACCCCCGCCCCGACAAGCCAGAGAAGACAGACAAAGAGAAGAAAAAGGAGCACAAGAAGGAGAAGAAGGAGAAAGAGAAGGAAAAGGAGAAAGGGAAGAAGAAGAAAGACAAGAAGGACAAAGAGAAAGAGAAGGACAAAUCAGACAAGAAGAAGGAGAAGGAGAAAACAAAACAGGAGAAGAAGGAGAAGAAGGUGAAGAGGGAGAAGGAGGAAGGUGGGCCCAGAAUCACAAUGAAACUCACCUCGUCCCUCCCCAGCCCCUCGUCUUCCGGCCCCGACGCCCCGAUGCCCACCACCCCCAAGCUUCACACACCCUCUGCUGGUAUGGGAAUAAUGCCAGUAGUAGGAGCCUCUCAGUAUAUGAACGUCAAGGUGAUCAAGCCCGUGGUGAAGCAUGACGAGAUCCCUCCGCUGCCGCCACCACCACCGCCGCCGCCCUCCAGCACGCAGGAUGAUCAGCCCGGCUCCCCUGAGAUAGCCAAGUUCUCGGCACUCAUCACACGGGCGCCGCGCAGCAGCCAGCAGAAGCGAGCUGAGAGCCCCCCGGCCCUCCCCGUGCUGAAGAUCAAGGACGUGCCCAACCCCAUGGCCAAGCACAAGGAGGGGAAGGAGUCUGGCCACACCCCGGCCAAGGUGAAGGAGGUGCCGCCCCUCAAGAUAAAGAACCCCACAACCACCUCCAACAAAGCCUCCUCCUCCAAGGUGUCUCCCCCCACCCCCAAGCAGUCUGUGGCCAAGCUGCCCACCUCCCCUAAGGCUGCCACUGCCACCACCCCCAAGCCUCCCCCAGCGCCCAAGGUCAUGGAGGAAAAGAAGUCCCCAGGAGCCAAGAAACCCAGAGAGAAAAAGGAAAAGAAAGAGAAAAAGAUGAAGGAUAUUCCACCUCCAAGUCCCAACCCGCUGGUGGGGAGCAUAAGCAAGCCUGGACCAGCCAGCAGCGUCAGUGUUGGCAGCAGCAGUGGUGGUGGGGGUGGGGGUGGGGGUGGGCCUAGUGAGGCCCCCUACCCCUCACAUUCACCCAUGCCCAUUGUGUCUCCUCCCCUUGAGUCCCCCAAGCCCAGCAAGAAGCAGGAGCAGAAGAGCACAGGACUCCUCACCGAGACUGUGGGACCCAUCGGGCACUUUGUGGAUGACCAAGGCAACGAGGUUUGGAUCUGUCCCACCUGCGGCAAGCAAGAUGACGGGUCACCCAUGAUCGGCUGCGACACCUGCGAUGACUGGUACCACUGGGUGUGUGUUGGUAUCCAAGUUCCUCCUAAUGAUGAUGUCAACUGGUACUGUAAUCGGUGUCUCUCCCAGCACAAGCAGCGUGGGGCGCCCCCAGAGAAAAAGAAGCGAGGCCGGAAAAAGAAAUGAUAACAGCCUUGAGAGGGCAGUGAAGGCCCAUGGCACUGGAAGGGACCACUGUGCUUUGAGAGACGUCCUCAGUUUGAGUUGUGUACGGGUGUUGUUUACUCCUUUUCUGACUUGAUGGGAGUUCAUCUCACAGGGAUCUUGUACAACUAGGGGACUAGAACAUUCUUUAGGAAGUGAAUCAUUCAUUUAGAAAGGAGUAAAUGCACCACCUAUACAUUUAGUGUACAGUAUCUUUAAACAAUCACAAACUGAGGACUUGUAAAGCCUUGGCAAAUGAUUCGGUCCAUUGGUCUACCUAAUCUUAGCUGGCAAAUGUUGGUGUGGCUGUGGUAGUAGCAUGCUGCUGUGAGGGAGGAGUUUUACUUAUAUAUUGUUUGUUAAAAGUGAAAAUGAUAAUUUAAAUAAGUGAUGAAAAGGAAAACAAUGUUAGGAAAUGUUGAGUUUCUGCCUGUAAUGUGUCAUUACCAGACAAAUUCCUAUUCAAAGUCAGGGGUGCCUAUAUGACAGCAAGUACAAUUGAGCCCUCCUCCUCAGUUCCCCAUUCCUUUGCAGCUAAAAUACAGUUAAAGACAAAGGGUGAACCUGCAGAACAGACUUAUGUCUAUGAAUGCUUGCCUUGACCCCCUCCCAAGGUAGGAAUAUGGGACAUAAACACUGAAUCAAGAGCACUAGUUGGGGCACACAUGAUAACACUUGCUGUAUCUAUUGUAUAAAAGAAGGCCCAUCGGCACCAAUUGUUAUUAGCUGUGGCAACUUUUCCUAGGCACCUAAAUUUCAAAUCUAUUUUACCAUUAUAAAAAAAAUCAAAAGCAGCUGCUACAGUGAAAACUUUUUGACGUGACUGAAAAACCUUCCUCUAUGGUGGCUGAAAGACCAAUUCCAAGAUAAUUGAAUAACAAGGAUGAACCAAAGAAAUGUUUUCCCUCACAGGAUUGUUACUUAGGAAGAAAUGAGUUUUGAGUGGAGUGAAUGCCUGAGUGAUGGUCUGGAUGCUGUUUGUCUGCCAGUCUUCUCAAAGUAUGUUUGUUGGUUGGUCUGUUUAUUUGUCAUCGUUGCUGUAGAUAUUUGUAUUUGGAAUUGGAAGUAAAUAUAUAUGUCAG